AUGACUAAUAACCAUAAUAUCCUCCAAUAUACUGAAUAUUUACAAGACAAGAAUUUAUCUGCUAAUACUAUCCGACUUUACCUCAAUGUCUUAGAUAAAUUCCCCCAAGAAUUCAACACUGCUAAUCUGAAAGAAUAUUUUCGCACCAACUUAAAAAACUACCAAGCCACCAGUUUAAAAACCCAACAACAUGCUUUGAAUUCUUACAUUAAAUUUAAGAAAUUAGAAUUAAGUUUGUUAAAGGAAACCAAGGUGGAAAAGAAUUUAGCAAUUCACCAAAGGAAUAACCUAAUCUUGGACUUCCUCCUUUAUUCUGGUUUAAGAAUUAAUGAACUAGUAAAUGUCAAACAUCAAGAUUGGCAAACUAACCAAUUAAGAAUCUUAGGUAAAGGUAAUAAAGUGCGGUUUGUUUUAUUACCGGAAUUUCUGAUUAAGCACUUUAAUCCUAUUUCUCCUAAUUACUUAUUCACUAAUCAACGAGGUAAUCCCAUCAAAGCGGAAUAUAUUCGCUGA